GUCGCUCGCCGAGAUAGCCGGUCGGGCCGCCCCUCCGGCGCGCUGGGACAGAGGAGCUGCCCGCGGAGCGCGCCGGAGCCGUGAGCGAGCCGUGAGCGAGCCGUGAGCGAGCCGUGAGCGCGGGCUCUGCCGAGGGAGCGGCAUGGCCAGCUCCAGUAUGGAGCAGGGCGGCGGGCCUCCGCCCGUCAUGACACCGGCUUGGUCCGAUGUGGAUCUGGACGGUGAGUCAGCCGACGUGACCACGCCGCCGGCGGCGCUGUACUCGCUGACCCGGUGGCAGGCCGACCUGCAGGGCGCGCUGCGGCCCGGCCGCUGGCUGCCCGGCCUGCGCACGCCGCACAUGUUCGAGGAGACGUGGCGGGCCGGCUCCACGCCCAGCGUGUGCCUGCUGGCGCUGGUCCGCGCCGCCAAACAGCUCCGCGCCGGCGUCAAGUGCCAAGUGAAAACCGUAUGUCGGAGUGGUCGAGCCAGGCGCGGGCGACGCUGCACUUUUUCACGGCCUCGCUGAGCUGGCUGGACGUGGUGGACGUGGACUUUGUCUCCGUGGACGGCUCCACCAUUAUCACGCUGCGCUCCUUCUCCUCGGG